CAGAACCAAAAACAAGUGGAGUGCCGAGAGUAGGACGGAGAAGAAGACCAUCGUUAGGAGACCAGGAUUUAAGAGACACCAACAGAUCCCAGAGCAAAGUGAUGACACUGUUUUGAGUUUUCUUCAACAUCGUUUUGGAAUAUUUAUGCACACGACGAAUGCGGCAAUCCACUUAAAGCUGGACAACUCUGAGAAGAAAUGGCACAUUUAAACCUGAGAUACCUCUUGGCUCUAGCCUUAUUGAACGUAGUUUUGUCCUCUGGUGUGUUUGAGCUGAAAAUUAAUUCAUUCCACACGGCGCAACGCAUCUGCAGAAGACACAGGGACUGUCACAUAUUUUUCAGAAUUUGCCUUAAACACCCGGAGGAUGUGAUCUCGGCGGAGCCGCCUUGUACCUUUGGCACCGGACACACCAACGUUAUCAGGGCCGAUCACACCUCGAUCUCCAGCAGCGCUCCCAUCCGGGUGCCUUUCCACUUCAAGUGGCCGGGGACAUUUUCAUUGAUCAUUGAAGCCUGGAACGCUGAAUCUCCCACCGAAUACACAGACAACCAGAACAACCUGGUGAGCCGCCUGGCGACCCGGAGGAGACUCGCCAUUGGGGAGGACUGGUCCCAGGACGUGCACUUCGGCGAGCAGAGCGAGUUGCGCUACUCCUACCACGUCUUCUGCGAUGAGUACUACUUCGGAGACGGCUGCGCGGAGUACUGCAGGCCGAGAGACGACACGCUGGGCCACUACACCUGCGACGAGGAGGGCAACCGCAUCUGCCUGGAGGGCUGGAAGGGGAACUACUGCUCGGAGCCCAUCUGCUCGGCCGACUGCAGUGAAAAGCACGGCUACUGCGAGGCCCCUGGGGGCUGUACGUGUCGCAUGGGCUGGCAGGGCCCCUCCUGCGGCAAAUGCGUCCGCUACCCAGGCUGCCUCCACGGGACCUGCAACCAGCCAUGGCAGUGUAACUGUCAGGAGGGUUGGGGGGGCCUGUUCUGCGACCAGGACCUCAACUACUGCACCAACCACAAGCCCUGCGCCAACGGUGCGACUUGCACCAACACGGGCCAGGGCAGCUACACCUGCACCUGCCGGCCUGGCUUUGGAGGCACCAACUGUGAGCUGGAAACCAACGAGUGCGACAGCAACCCCUGCAAGAACGGAGGCAGCUGCAAUGACCUGGAGAACGAUUACUCAUGCACCUGCCCGCAGGGAUUCUACGGGAAGAACUGCGAGAUCAUCGCCAUGACGUGCGCGGACGGUCCCUGCUUCAACGGCGGCACGUGUGUGGAGACCAUGACCGGGGGCUACACCUGCCGCUGCCCCCCCAGCUACACGGGCUCCAACUGUGAGAAGAAGCUGGACCGCUGCAGCAACAGGCCCUGUCUGAACGGAGGCGAGUGUCUGGACCUGGGCCAGAGUGUCCUGUGCCGCUGUCAGGCGGGCUUCACCGGCGCCAACUGCCAGGUCAACAUCGACGACUGCGCCUCGACCCCCUGCCAGAAUGCCGGAACUUGCCAAGACGGUUUGAACGACUACACCUGCUCCUGCACCCUGGGGUACACCGGAAAGAACUGCAGCGUGCGCUCUGAUGCCUGUGGCGUUCGCCCGUGUCAGAACGGCGGAACCUGCUUCACCCACUUCACCGGGCCGGUGUGCCAGUGCCCAAAGGGCUUCAUGGGUCCAAGUUGUGAGUUCACCCUCCAGCCCAGUUUCAAGCCCGCUUUGCGUCAGACCUCCCAGCCCUCCUCCGCCACCCUCACCGUCUCCUGCAUCCUGGCCAUCCUGGUGCUGGUUCUGGCGGCGGGUAUUAUAUUCUUGAGGAGGAGGAGAAGACUGCAGGAAAGGAAGCAGCUGAGCGACAUUGCAGUCUACAACGACUUGGAUUCGAUCAACAACAUGGGCGAAAGAGAUUCCUUCCUGAGUCCCAACGGCCUGUUCAAGAUCAGCAACGGCACGGCUCGCCUCAGCCUCUCCCUGUGCCCAGACGGACGGUCCGGGUACAGGCCCGGUCCUGUGGAGAGCAGCCCAGCCAGAGGCGAGCGUCCGGACUUUAUAUGGAGGGACGAGGCCGGCCUGGGUUCUGGGGCGGGGCUCAGAUAAAAAAUGGACGUCCACAGGGGUACAGGAAUAUUAGCACUUGUUGCUCCUCUGUCUUCAUGCACAGUGAAGAAAGGAGCACAUCCAUGAAAAAAAAAAACACUCUGCUUAUGCAGAUGAUAAAGUACCAUUCAAAAUGUAAGCAUAAGAAAGAAAAUGUUGACAAAUGAACUAUUCUGAUGAUGAUUUACAAAGAUUAUUAAAAAGUAUAUAGGGCAAAGCUCUUCCAUAUUUUAAGACCCAAAGAAACAAAUAACCCGAUCCCCCUUUCUUAGGACCUACAACACAAACCAAAUACAGGAAGUCACAACACUCUGACCAUUUUUGGAAAACUGGUUUCAUACGGUUAUUGUUUUUAAAAUGUUCACUUUGAGUUCUUUCUUUUGCUUUUCAAUCUUCCUUUGGAUAUUAUUUCCGUAUUGUGCGUAUACCAUCAUUUUUAUUCUUUAUAUUAUUUAUUUAUUUGAAAAAGCGUAUGUUUAUGGCUUCUCUUGGAUUGUCACAGAUGUAAAGAUAUAUUUAUAUGAUGCUGAAUGAAGACCGACGCUUGAUGUUGUACCUGGAUGUUUUAUGGGCUGUGUGAAAUAUCCCAAAGAUAUUCAGAGCAAGGAUAGAAGGAAAAUAUGCUUUAUAACACAAAGUCAGCCAUUACUGUAAUUUAUAUAUAUCGUUUAUGAACUACUGAUCACGUUGCUCCUUCGUGUGCCAUUUUGUGUUCAUGCCAAAGUUUGUGUUAUGUUACAUGUUUUCAUUCAUAUUAUUUCAUUUCAUCAUGUUGUGGUUGUGGAAUAAAAUAUUUGCUUUGA